CUGGGGGCAGAUGGUCCCUCUCUCAGGCGUCAGCUGUUUACAGACGCAGAUGAGGGAUUUAGUGGACGCCGAGUCUCUCUCUCAGCUCUCAGAGGAAAAACACACUCAACUCAAACUUCUGACUCAUUUACUGGAGAACAACAACCAAAGAGGACCCAUUUUUCUUCUUUUUUAAAGUUUACUCCGAGAAUGUGACUGAACGGAGGUGCACAACAGGAAGCGCUUUAAUGCACGCUUUUAAUCCAGGAGCUUCCUCUUUCCUUGGACUCCACAUGCAGGACAUUCCAGAUUUCCUGGCUCUAUGAGCAAAUCAGAUUAAUGUCCAAAACAGCUGCACAGCAGAUUCCUCCAAGAUGGCCGUUUCCUCUCUGUGUGUCACUGAGGAGCCAGGAGCUGGUUUUCCUGAAGUGGAUUUGUGCACUUUACAGAUUGAUCUACAACAUGAGGCCAUCCCAUCUAUUGUCUGCUCUGUUUGCCUUUCGUUCGGCCUCAUUUACUGCUUUUUUGGAUACCGCUGCUUUAAGAUGAUCAUGUUCUUCUCGGGCUUCACGUUUGGCUCAGGUGUUGUGCUCCUGUUCUACCACAAGGAGCCCGCUCUGGACAGCCAGCUGGGAGUGGAGACCAAGGCUGGAAUCAGUCUGGGUGUGGGAGUGCUGUGUGGCCUGAUGACCAUGCUGGUGUCCAUGUUGGGACUGGUCCUCAGCGGCCUGCAGCUGGGAAGUCUGGUCUCACUCUCCCUGUUGGUGGUUAUCAGUCAGUUUUACAGCCUUACACUAACAUGGGCUCUUCUCAGUGCUGUACUGGCUGCCAGCAUCUCCUCUGCCAUGUUCACGCUGCAGUGGCAGAAACUGUUCAGCAUCAUCUACACGUCUGUGUUGGGAGCAACAAUCGUGAUGCUGUGCGUGGACUUCCUGCUGGGGGCGUUCAUGCUGCCGGAUCAGCUGUAUGACUUGUUUUGUCAAGUGGCUCCACGCCCGCUUUGCUGGUUUAACUGGGCAAUCACUGGGAUCUGUCCUUUUCUGAGUGUCUCGGGUGUGCUGGUGCAGUGGUGGUUCACUGCAAGAGGAUUUUCACACAGCGAUGCUGCACAUAAAAAGCAGAAGAAACAAAGUAUGAAGUAUAAAUGCAGAGAAUCGAGGAGAAGACCUCAGCCGUACCGCCAGCGUAGGCCUCCGCCCCUCAAGCGCUACGCAGGGGAUGUCCUGGCUCCGAGUUACCUCCGCAGACUCCAAGAGCACCAGCUGGGAACGGGUUCCUCCACCAGCAGCAUCAGCACCGUCACACACACUCUGAUUGACUUUGACUUUGAAACGGGCUCCAUGGUGCCUCUGACCGCCGCCUCGCCCAUCUUUACAGUCUGAGGAAUCACAGCACCAAGUGACUGGAAACAGCACAGACCUGAGAAAGCUGUUGUGAGGUCCUGAUGAUUAAAUAUUGAUUUUCACUUCUUCACUUUCACAAAAGCUAUUCAAGUAGUUUGAGGCGUAGAUCGUCCUCAUUGUCUUGAGUCAUCAACCUACGCACCGUCUUAUUUUAGAGACUGAUUUGUUUUUACUGGACAAGCGUAGACGACGGGACCCGAAACAUAAACACAUAUAGGAAACCAACACACACAGACCAAUAUCUAUUAUGGACAUCAGAACACCCCACCAUAAACAAAAUGUCAGUAAUCAGAACAUUAUAUCACCGUGCAAACAUAAUAACAGAAGAAAGAGACCGUAAACAAGAGGACAAACACAUACAACAUGCUUUAAAGACCUGCGGAUACCCGACAUUGGCAAUAAACAAAGGAAAACAACAAACAACAAUGGAAAGAAAAGAACAACCAAAGCAAAGAACCAGAAACCCAGAAAGACAAGAACCAAAACCAGUGAUAAUCCUACCGUACAUCAGAGGCAUGACAGAAAAAAUAAGAGCAACAAUUAAAAAACACAACAUAAACACACCAACGAAACCAUACACAACAGUUAGAAACAGAUUAGUACACCCAAAAGACAAGAUACCAGCUGGGCAUAAAUGUAGAAUCGUUUACGAAAUCCCAUGCAAACUCUGCAAUAAAACAAACAUAGGAGAAACCGGACGCCAACUCAACACACGAACAAUAGAACAUAGAAAGGAGUGCGAGAAAGAGGCAAGUCGAAAACACACAAGAGCAGCAAAAGAAGAAGCAGAAAGCACAAUAAAGAAGUCAACCAUAACAGAUCACUGCAUAAGAGAAAACCAUAUAAUGGACUGGGACAACACAAGGUUCAUAAACACCGAACAACAAAAAUACAAAAGAUGGAUAAAGGAAGCUAUCGAGAUAAGGAGACGUGGAUGUGGGACCAUGAACAGGGACGAUGGAGUUUACACGCUGGACCACGCAUGGGACUGCAUCGUCGGAGAGGGGAGAGCGGGCAGCAGAGGGCGACAACGUCCUCUGCUGCCCGCGGAUAAAUGGAGAAGGAAGUGACGCCACCAUCAGCGUCAGCCUGAGGAAGUUUGCAGCCGCAAACGAAACGUAGCGACAAAACAGGUUAACAAAACUGCUCUGUGUUUUAAAAAAGAACUACAGCAUGGAAGCGUAGAUUAAUAAAAUCUUCAGACCGGAAAAACUGUCAUAUUUGAAUUAAUCCUCCAAAUCUGUUUUAAUUUCUGUGGAUUAAGUCUACAUGUCAAUCAAUGCAAGCAUUAUGAAUGUUGAAUUAUGGGUAAUAAAACCUAUAAUGUUUA